CCAUUGGCGGACCGCUAUAAAUUGCGGCGGGCUUGAGCUUGGCCCUUCCUCGUCUCCCUCUCGUCUCCGACGGAAGGGCGGCACCCGCCGGCGGUCUUCCAUGCCAAAUGUUGGGAUGCAGGCUGCAACCCGAAGGCUUCAAGCUUCUCUAGCUCUCGAGAUGUCGUAUUAGAUCUCUUCACAGACUAUACCAGCUCGGUUUUCCCGUUGGCUUCUCCUGAUUGUUCAAGGCCACAUAGUACUAAUUCGUCAUCAUGGGUACCUGUAUGUCAACAUCGAACAGAAGAUCUAGGUCACGGAAGUAUUCUAUUCGGUGGAGAAAAUGUCGUGGAAAGAUUUCAGCAUCAGUUCCUGAUGCACCCGCAACUAGGAAAUGCGAUAUAGCAAAUCAUCUUCCUCACAGUCACUUCGUUCAUGUUAAGACUGCUGCAACAACUCGCCGGAAAUCUGAGGUUUCAAAUCUCGCGUUUCAUCUUACUCAGUUGCAAUGGCAUCACAGUCAGAUGGAGAAAAAUGGGUUAUGCCCAGAAGAAAUAUGGUUUGACUCUGUCAGUGUUUUAGAAUCUGAAUCUGAUGAUGACUUUAGUAGUGUUAGUGGAGAUUGUCUUCCCUCGGUAAACGGUACGAUUGGGACCCAAAUGCUGCAGCAUGAAAAUGCUUCACUCGUAGUGGAUGAGGCAUGCAAGUUUGAGGAAUUUCACGACAGCACAUCAAUCUCUUUGGGAUUUGAACAGCACACUGAAGCAGAUGGAAUCAGAAGUUCUAAGCUCUCAAGCAAAGAUGAGUUUGAAGAUGCAGAUAGACUCAAGAUUAUUAACCCGCAAGGCUCUGAAUCUCAGUUGGAAAAGGUUAAUGAAGGAAAGCUUAGGAACCAGAUCGAAAGUUCCAGCAAAGUGAAAAAGGUCUUAGAGGAUAUACGUGGUAGCUUUAAAGGCUUGAAAGAAAUAAUACACGACACAGAGGAAAAAUUUCGUGAAAGCACAUUGAAGCAGUUGACUUCAUCUUGUGCACCUCAGUUGGUUCCUUCGAUUAGCUUUAACGAUAAAGAAAAACAGUUUCCUAGUGCUAGCCCACAGUGUCUGAAAAGGAGGUCGGCAGUGAUCAGGCUUUCAUUUAAGAGAAGAUCAAAAGAUGCUACUGAAUUCUGUGCUUCCAAGAAAUGCCUAUAUCGUCCAAUGGCAGGACUAUCAGUUCCAUGCUCAACUGGAGAAAAGCCAUUGCAAGGAUGCUGGUCAAUUCUUGAGCCAUCGUCCUUUAAGCUUCGUGGGGAGAGCUACUUCAGAGACAAGAAAAAAUCCCCUGCUCCACGACAUACUCCAUACACUCCGAUUGGUGUCGAUUUGUUUUUGUGCCCACGUAAAGUGAACCACAUUGCUCAGCACAUUGAGCUUCCUUCUACGAAGGCGCACGAGAAAGUUCCCUCCCUGCUAAUUGUCAACAUCCAGCUCCCGACUUAUCCUGCUGCUAUAUUUCUUGGUGAUAGCGAUGGGGAAGGGAUGAGCCUUGUACUAUACUUCAAGGUAUCAGACAAUUUUGACAAAGAGAUUUCUACCCAAUUUCAGGAUAGCAUUAGGCGACUAGUAGACGAUGAAGUAGAAAAGGUUAAAGGGUUUGCAAUGGACUCAACCGUUCCCUAUAGAGAAAGACUUAAGAUACUUGCUGGAUUAGUAAAUCCCGAGGAUCUACACUUGAAUAGUGCAGAAAAGAAGCUCGUGCAGGCUUACAAUGAAAAGCCAGUGCUUUCACGCCCUCAACACAAUUUUUACCGGGGUUCGAAUUACUUUGAAAUUGACCUGGAUGUUCACCGCUUUAGCUACCUAUCGAGAAAGGGAUUCGAAGCAUUUAGAGAGCGAUUGAAGCAUGGAAUUCUUCAUCUGGGUUUAACCAUCCAGGCACAGAAGCAGGAGGAGCUACCAGAGCAUGUCCUCUGCUGUGUGAGGUUAAACAGGAUCGAUUUCGUGGACAUCGGGCAGAUGCCAGCACUCAUGACGGUUGACCAUGACAUGUAGGAGCCGAUUAAGCUGUGCGAAAACUUGUAUAAUUGGUCAAUUACAAUUGAUCCACAGCAGACAUUUUGAAGAAGGAUGAUAGUUUCAGCAGGCCUUUGAUUCAUUCAGAUUGGCUGUGGCAUAUGUUCUCUACAAUCACAUUGAGAUGAGAACAGAGCUAAAAAUGCACUUAAAAUUAGUCAGGGAUGUAGGAUAAGAAAACCCGAAAGGGAGUGUUUUUUAUAAGAUUAUCUCUGUUGAAACUAGAAAAUUUCAUCCUUAUGAUGUACAUAUGGUCUGAACUGCAACUUUUUUCUUUUUCUUUUGUUCUGGAAAGAGGAGAUUAACUCUCAGUUCUAGUAUCUUUUUUUUCAUGUCCA